GUUUACAUGCCAAGAUGGUUGAACUUAGCGCGAGCUAGCUCUGUGACUGUGAAACACAAAUUCUUUCCACAGCUCUUAGCAGCAGGUGUGACUCAAGCAUAGGUGCAGCAGCCAUGGCCUCCGAGAGCACAGGCAGCAACUACUCGGCAGAUGAACCGUCGGUGGAGGUUCUGGAGGACCUGUGCUGCAAGUUCAUUCUCACGGCCCCCAAGGAUGCCCUCGGCAAGGACAAACUAUUCUUCCUGGUGGAGCAGGCCUGGUGGUACUACGAGGACAAAGUGCGGCCCAUGGCGAAGAGCCGCGGCACGGAGCUAAGGCACUACUCCUCGUAUGCCACUUUUGCGGAGCCGCUGUUUCGCAAGGUGGAGAUUCUCAAGCCGCUGCGGGUCAACCUGCAAGCCUACCUCGAAGACUACCGCAAGUACAAGCAGGGCAUCCCCGUGUACGGCGCCAUCCUGUUGGAUGCAGCCAUGGAGCAGGUGCUGCUGGUGCGCGGCAACAAGAGCAGCAUGGGCUGGGGCUUCCCGCGCGGCAAGGUCAACGAGGGCGAGACCGAGGCCACAUGCGCCAUACGCGAGGUGCUGGAGGAGACUGGCUACGACAUCCGCUCCCAGCUGCGUGAGCCGGACUACAUCGAGGUGACGGCGGACGGCAAGCGGCACAAGCUGUACAUUGUGACGGGGCUGGACCCCACAACACAGGAGUUCGAGCCGCACUCCAAAUGGGAGAUCGGCGCCUACGCCUGGCACCGCGUGGACGCCUUGCCCGCCACCGCAGACGAGGCCAGCCAGGUGUACAUGUCCGCGGACGGCGUGCGGCACCGCUUCUUCAUGAUCCACCCCUUCGUGGGCCGCCUGCGCAGGUGGAUCAGCAAGCGCAAGGCCCAGAUGGCCAGCCGCCAGGGCGGCGGCGGCGGCGCAGGCGCCGGCAACGGCAAUGCUGGCGGUGGCGGUGGCGGCGGCCUGGGCCAUUGGAGCGCGACUAGCAGCGCCGCCUCCUCUAUGCACAUGUCGCGUGCCGAGCUGCAGGCGCACCUGGCAACACUGACCGGGCCCUCGCAGCCGCCAGGGCUGCUGCCCGCUACGCCACCUGCGGCGUCAGCAGCGGCCGGCGGCGGCGGCGGCGCAGCAGCAGCCUCGUCUGCCGCCACCUCAGCGCAGCAGGGCGGGCGGAGCGGCGGCGGCGGCGCGAAAGACGGCGGCAAGGGCGGCCGCCUGGCGCACGCCAACCAGCCUGGGGCCGGCGCUGCGAACGGGAGGCAGCAGCAGGCGGCGACGGAGGCCGACAAGCAGUCACAGGUGAAGCUGCUGCAGCACGUCUCACAGAAGCUAGGGCAGUUGCAGGUGCACCAGCAACAGCAACAGCAACAACAGCAGCAGGCGGUACAGGGCUUGGGGUUGGCGGAGGCGGGGCCGUCAGCGGCGUGGACGCCGAGCAUGUCGCGCUUCCGGUUCGACCGCGACUCCUUGCUCAAGUGCUUUCCCCCGCCCGGUGCGACGGUGGCGGCAUGAGUGAGGCCGAUUGCUGCUGCUGGCGAGGCUGUGGCGCUUGGUGGUGCUGUGCGGCUCCCGUACAGUCGACUGACGAGACUGAGCAAUGGCAGGACGCAUUCGGCGCCGUUGGCUGACCGUGCGUGUAUGGAUGGACCACAUUGAACUAGGCACGCUCGGGACCAAGGACUUGGACAGGCGGCACUGUGUGACAUACCGACUGACCACACCCGGGCGGCUGCGGCAUUGCCGUGUGCGCGGCGGCCACUGCCGUGCUGUACAUUGAUCGGUACACAAUGAGUCAAUGACUGUACGAUAACCCAGGGGUGGUGCCCCCUAGGGAUCCGGACGGUUCGCACGCGAUGGUGCAGAUCUGUCCGGCGUUGCUGGGCUGCGGGGUAGCGCACGCGGGUAGGCCUGAUGGCAGCGGGCUGUUGCCGACAAGCCAGCCGCGUUGCAGCGGCUACGGCAGUGUGGGCUUCAUAGGCGGGUGGGGUGCUCAGGGUAGCCGCGGGCCGGGACAUGCGGUGUGUCCAGGCUGGAUAGCUGGGAUGUGGGAGGCUCGAAUCCUGUUCCAACGGCUGGCAAGUGUGCGCGGGUAGAUUUGCGAGUUGCGGGGGACGCGGUUGGUACCGAGGCAGUGCGGGCACACGACUGGUGGUGACGCGUGUUGCAUGCGGCGCCCCUGUCGUGGUACCGUAUAUAUAUCCGAUAUACCGUAGCCACCAAAGUGGUCCAGCAGAAUCCAGUUCCAGGAGACGAGGGGCCCUUGCGGCUCGGUUAGUGCCGUUAGUCUCGUUGCAGGUAUUAGGAAUGCACACUUCCAAUCCUGUAACACACACACACACACAGAAUGGGUGGGCCAGCGCAACGCAGCCAUUACACAGUCAUGCCUGCACGACACGGCAUGGCACGACAAAAUGCCAGACCCCACGCGUGGGAGCCCCCUCACGGAGCGACGCAAGCCUACCCCACACGGGUAUGACGCCGGUCUGGAAAUGGGGUCAAACGGCACGUCGUUUUUGACAGGGUUGGCGAUGCGGAUCAGACCCCAACUUUUGGCAGCAGGUCUGGCUACCCACGGCUGACGUGCUUCUGUCUGAUCCACAUCGCUAGCAUGUUGGUGUUGCAGCUGCCGUCCGGGGGGUGCGUUCCGGCCUGCUUGGCACGGUCGGACACGGUGGUCAGGUCGACCACUGAAAUAGCUACCGGCGUUCAAUCAAUAUUUGCUUGG